CUCCUUGGCUUUUCCUCUCGCUCUCCUCCUCUCUCGCAUCCCACCGCAUCACAACCACGACUUCCUCCCGCCGCCGGUUGGCUUCGCUGCUCGUCCACCUCCGCCCGGCCCGUGGGACGAGUGGGGACUGGAGAGGGUCGCCUCUGGGCUUCGCCUCUCGGCGGCCGAGUGUCUGCGUCGUCCACGGAGCUGAGAGCCUGAGACUGAGACUGAGAGCGACCGGCGGCGGGGAUGGCGAGGGAGAGGCGGGAGAUAAAGAGGAUAGAGAGCGCGGCAGCGAGGCAGGUCACGUUCUCCAAGCGCCGCCGCGGCCUCUUCAAGAAGGCCCAGGAGCUCUCCGUGCUGUGCGAUGCCGACGUCGCGCUCAUAGUCUUCUCCUCCACGGGGAAGCUCUCCCAGUUCGCCAGCUCCAGUAUGAAUGAGAUAAUUGACAAGUACAACACGCAUUCUAAAAACCUGGGGAAAACAGAACAGCCUUCGCUGGACUUGAACUUAGAGCAUAGCAAAUAUGCAAAUUUGAAUGAGCAACUUGCGGAAGCAAGCCUUCGACUCAGGCAGAUGAGAGGUGAAGAGCUUGAGGGAUUGAAUGUUGAAGAACUCCAGCAAUUGGAGAAGAACCUGGAAUCUGGUCUGCAUAGGGUGCUUCAAACAAAGGAUCAACAAUUCUUGGAACAGAUCAAUGACCUCGAACGUAAGAGUACGCAGCUGGCAGAGGAGAACAUGCAACUGAGGAAUCAAGUAUCCCAGAUACCCCCAGCUGGCAAGCAAGCAGUUGCUGAUACUGAAAAUGUUAUUGCUGAAGAAGGGCAAUCCUCUGAAUCAGUGAUGACUGCGUUGCACUCUGGGAGUUCACAGGAUAAUGAUGAUGGUUCGGAUGUAUCUCUAAAGUUAGGGCUGCCUUGCGUUGCAUGGAAGUAAACAGGAAAUGAGGCUCCUUGUCGAUUCUGGGUGUGGAUGUGGGUGGAGCUGCGGCCUCAGCGGAUAGGCACUUGUGUAUGGUUUUAUGGACGACCGGCCCCCGACUACGUACUGCAAUAAUCUUGCAUUGGAAGCGAGAUCGGUUAACCUGAUUUGUCAUCCUUGUGGCUUCAUGAUGCGAUGUUCCGCUUGUACCGUUUGCUAGCAUGUUAACUGAAUUUUUAGAAUCGCAUAUACUUUUGUUCUUAUAUAUCACUGUCGUACUGCUCGUAAGAUGUAUCUACUUUAUUCUAUCCAAUGUUGUAACCUAUCACCUGCCAACUUCCCUACUGUUUUGGCGCGCCGCAAGCUGUGCUCAAGCAUGCUUCAUGUUAUAUUCGGAAGUUGUGGUCUGCUCUCUGC